AUGGGACAUAUCUUUUCAGAGACUAAUGUUAUUGCACAGAAAUCAAGGACCAGUGGUGUACCACAGCAUGAUAAGAUUGCAAGUGGACUCCGUGGACCAAGUUAUAAGAGCGGGACCGAUACCACUCCAUCAUCAUCUCCGUCCGCUCUUCGAAAACCCGGUACUAUCUCCAGUCCGUUAUCUUCAUCUUCAAGUAUACCCUCUCCAGCACUUCAACCUAGAUCUCGUCUUUCUGUCCCUUCAAAGUUGUCUUCUCUGCCUUCAACUGGCACUAUCUCUGGCCUAAAACAACGUUCACCUGCUCCCGCCACUGUUAUUGGUAUGGGGCCGGAUCUUCGACAGCGGGAGUCUCUUUCGCCACCAAGACUCUCAAGUUCAUCAGGACCAUCUAGAAAGAUAACGGGAUUACAGCAGUCGCCUCUAUCUCGACCUAUGACCCUUAAUCAUCAUGCUAUGGGAAACCAGUCAACUACAGCUAUUGUUUCGGCCUCACCUUCGUUUUCUUUUGCACAAGAGAUUACAGCAGAGAAUGAUGGCGAGAGCGACCAGAUGAUACUAAAGUUAACAGAAGAACUAGACCGCUAUAGGAUAGAGCUGGAAACCUAUAAGCAAGAGCGAGUUGUUGCAGACAAAAUGAAGAAACAAAUUUCAGAUCUUGAGCGGGAUCUCGAGACUGCCUUGGAUUCGUUGCAGACUGCAGAAGCAAAGGUGAUUGAAGCCGACUCACAACAACAAGCUGUAGACUCGCGUAUUUCUGAUUUUGAGAAAAUGAUCGAAGGCUUAAAAGCGGAUUUGAACAUGGAGAAAUUGAAAGCAGAGAAGGCGCUUGGGGACGCAGCUGCCAGCCAAAAGCAAAAGUUACAAGAGCUGGAGAUUCGCAAUAGAGAACUGGAAACAAAGUUGACGCAGGCGCAAGAUGAGAUCGACCAACUUGAACUCCAGGUUGUCCCAGCAGAGCUUCAGGAUGUGCAUCAAUCAUUGUUUUCAGCUACACAGGAACUCGACGAAGAGAAAAAACGCUGCGAAAAAUUAAGGACGGAAUUGGCUGAAGAAAAGGCGAAGAUAGCACGUGAACAGGAAGAUUCAGGGCAGCUCCUGGUCAAGAUCAGUCAACUUCAGGAUACUAUUGCGAACCAUAUUCGAGAUAACAACGCUCUCAAAGAAGUAGUAAAAGAACAUGAAAAAUGCCAAGAAAAUGCUGAAGUUGCAGAUCAUCAGUACAAGAAAGAAGUUGUCCGACUACAGGAUGAGAUUUCGAUUCAUCAACAAAGUCUAACCGAGGAAAGAGAGCAACGCUCAAGAGUUGAACAAGCUCUGCAGGAGCAGCAAUAUCAAUCCCACCAACUACAACAGCAAAUUCAGUUGCAGCAAACUCAGCUCCAUCAACAACAAACAGAGAUUGUCAAUCUGCGUGCUAGUUUGGAGGUAGAGCAGAGACAAACUGUUCUUCUUCAACAAAAACUCCAGGAGGAGCAACGGUUGAACAGCCAAUACGGAAGGCGUGUUUCUAUAGAUGGUGAUCUCAACGGAUCGUUUUUGAUGGUGGAAAAUAACGCAAAUGGUAGCAAUGGCAUCAACGUUGGAGCUACUCCGGUGGUGAUGACUGCUUCUUCUGAUAUCCCAUUGAAUAUGAUAGGCAACAACAACAUGGUUUCACCUGGACCCGGCCAUCCAUUAUCAUCAUCUGGCCCAUUCUCGUCCAUGACGACUACAGCCACGUCAUUAGCAACUGGAAUUCAGCCUAUUCGUGGUUUUGAUGCUUCGUCAUCCUCUUCAUCAUUGUUGUCAAACCAGAUUAAUGCAAGCUCAGCCCAGAGUGGCGUACAAGCUGCAGCACUUCCACCAAUGGCACCUGCUAUGACCCAUGGAGGAAUGGCCACAUCGGUAGCAGGAAUAGCAACCCCAGAUAUCGAAGCUAAGCCUGGAAUGAUUCAUCGUGGCAGCUCUAGUUCAAUCACAGGAAUCAUAGCGAAUGGAAACGUGGGUAAUAACCGUUUAUCGUUGCAAGACUCGCUUGGAUCUGCAGGGUCUUCAGCAACUACUUCAGGCGCAGCAGUGGCUGUUGGUAUGCAAACUAUUGAGGAAUUGACAACUCAACUACAGCACCUCAUUAAGGAAAAGGAGAGGCUACAAGCGGAUCUGAGCAAGAUCCCGAUUUCAGGCGGUGGGCCGAUGACGAGACGUAAGGCGGAUAUGCUCGAAGAACAAAUGGAUAAAACAGAGAGGGCGAUUAGUAAGAUUCGAUUGAACAUCCGUAUGCAGUCAUGA